CAGCAAGUACUAUGGGAACCUAAUGCUCAAAUAUCACCUAUGGUUAGUAAAGGAAGUUCUGGUCAAGCAACAAGUCAAGGAUCUAUGAUUUCUGGUCGUGCAGUAAAUCUCUCAAAUCAUGGAAAUCAGUCUCGCUUAAUUUACAUGAAUGAAAAAGAAAAACAAAAACCAAGUCGCCCAGAAUUAUCAAAACUUAAUCGUCAGCACAAAGCCUUGAUGCCAUGCAAACAUCAUUGCUUUUUGUCAGAGGUUCCUGAUGUUCGACAUAUGGAACAAGCUUUACUCCAAUUGUUAGAAGAUUUUCAUAGUGGGAAUUUGCGUGCAUUUGGAAAGGAUUGCAGCAUGGAACAAAUGACAGAAAUACGAGAACAGCAAGAACGAUUAGCCAGGCUUCAUUUUGAGUUAGUACAAAGACAAGAUAUUGGAGGAGAACAGUCAGGUCUUCGACAUUCAAGUGCUAAUAUGCGUCAUCUGCUACAUCGUCUUCAACAACUCAGUACGCUGUAUCCUGAACUGCCGAUCGCAACACGAUCAGCGUUCUUGAUGGAAAAAGAACGUGCGGAUUUCUACGCCUCGAUGCAACAGUCCCUUGAAGAAAGAAUGUUUGACAUUGAAAAGAAAGAGAAAGACAAAUUGAGUAGGUCAGAAGGAGAAUUACUUUUAAACAAUAGGUAAGUCUGAUUUAAAUUAUUUUUACAAGUUUUGUAAA